GUUCUUCACAUCCUGAAUAACCUUCACAGCUGAAGAUGCGUGUGUUUGUCGUCUCGAUGCUGCUGGUGUUUGGCUUUCCGUUCAUCAUGACUGAUGUUGUAGAUUCAUUCGAAACUUGCAAACAGUUUUUUUUAAAAGAGCCUCCAAUGAUUUCUGGCAUUCUGGAGAAAUCAGUCUCAAAGAAUCAGAAUGUGUAUAGAAUAAUCUGUCAAAAAUAUAAGAACAUUUUCAGAUAUGCAACUCUCUACGACAUAACAAAUAAGAUCCCUUUAUUCUCAGCUUACAAAUAUACUGGGCAUCAUACAGGGAAACGACCUAAAUCUAAAUGGAGGACAGAGCCACAGCUUGAAGAUUCAAAUGCUGGAAUGAGUCAAGGAUGUUCCAAUCAGGCUUGCAAUGGAGACUAUCUGAACAACCAAAUGAAUGUGAGUCGUGGACACUUAUUUCCGUGCUGCCAUGCAGCUGAUGAAGACACUGCCGAAUCUACAUUCACACUGACCAAUAUUGUGCCGCAGUCCAUAAUCUUUAACAGUGGCAGCUGGAGCCGCAUGGAGCAAAAAGUUAGAGAGAUCAUGAAUUCUCACUGCCGUGAUGAAAAGAACCGUGAGGAAGUCUCAGCCUAUGUGUUGACAGGAGCUGUGCCGAACACUAAAAAACCAUCUGCAGAUGUAUUGAAUAACAGAGUAAACAUUCCCUCACACAUGUGGACAGUGUUCUGCUGCUUUAACAGUAAGAGCAACAAAUAUGUGUCUCAAGCUCACUGGGCUGAAAACAUAGAUGAGGACACAAAUGAUAUCAGUGUAAAGACCCUGAAGGAAUUACAGGACUUUCUGAAGAGCAUAUACAAUAAAGAAACCUCACUCUUUAACGGCGACUGUUUGGAUCCUUUAAAAGCAGAUGCAAGUCCACCUCCAAACACAGAUGCUUGUGAUGAGCCAGACGUCAAGAAACAAUCAUGGUGGUCUACCAAUAAAAUUUUUGGGACUUUUUGGGAUUUUUGGGCCUGGUUACGUGGCUAUUUUUGA